UGAGUGAGCACAUAACUAGAAGGCUAAAGCCACUCACGAAGGAGGACUAGCUGCUUCCAGUAUUGAAGGUUUUGGCUUUCAGAGCAACACACACACUUUGUUUCUCCUGAAAGGCAACUAAGAUGUCUUUAACAAAUUAUACGAAAUGCAAUGUUUAUUCUGAAAUGGAGCCAUUUACUUAUUUUUAUUACUUGAUCUUUCUUAUCGGGUUCAUCGGAAGCUGCUUUGCUCUUUGGACCUUCACACACACAGAACACAAUCGCAAAUGCAUGAAUGUCUACUUAAUUAACCUCUUAACAGCAGAUUUUUUGCUGACCCUUGCCUUGCCCAUGAAAAUCACUGUUGAUUUAGGAGUUGCCCCUUGGAAACUGAAAAUUUUCCAUUGUCAAGUCACAGCUUGCCUGAUGUAUCUCAACAUGUACUUGUCCAUCAUAUUCUUGGGAUUCGUAAGCAUGGACCGUUGCCUUCAGUUAAUACACCGGUGCAAAAUCUAUCGCAUCCAGGAACCUGGUUUUGCCAAGAUGAUAUCAGCAGUAGUAUGGGCAAUGGUUCUCUUGAUCACGGUGCCAAACAUGGCCAUUCCAAUCAAAGAAAUCAAAGAAACACCCAUUGUGGGCUGUAUUGACUUCAAAACAAAAGUAGGAAGAGACUGGCAUGUGUUCACCAAUUUCAUAUGUACUGCAAUAUUUCUAAAUUUUUCAGCCAUGGUGCUAAUUUCUAACUGCCUGGUGAUCAGACUACUCUAUCAAAACAAACACAACGAAAGCUACCACAAUGUUAAAAAAGCUCUGGUGAACAUACUCUUAGUAACUGCAAGCUACGUCAUCUGCUUCGUUCCUUACCACAUCGUUCGGAUUCCAUAUACUCUGAGCCAAAGCAAAGCUAUAACCACAGACUGCUCUCUCAGUCAAACCCUCUUUAAAGCCAAAGAAUCCACGCUGCUGUUUGGUGUGUCAAAUCUGUGUUUGGACCCUAUUUUGUAUUUUUAUCUUUCAAAGUCAUUUAGACUGAAAGUGACUAAGACAUUUGGAUCACGUAAAGAUAGAAGUGCCUUCCCAGAUGAUCAGGAGAUGUUUGGAGAACCGACAGAGCACUUUGAUGUUUCAGUUGAGACACCGCAGGCCUUUCCAGAAGGUCAAUUUAUUUCAAAUUAAAAAUGCAGUUGUCUCCCAAUUGGUAUGCACAGUCCCCACACACCUUUUCUUCAGGUAGGGCUUUGGCUGCAGAAGCACUGCAUUUUUAGAGCAAAGUGCUAUACUGUGUACCAGGGGAAAGGA